GGUCUCUGUUUCCUCCUGCAAAGUUUUCUUUGGUGAAUUUAGUUGAAAUUUAGUAGUUGACCGUAACGGAUGAAAAGUUCCAAUUAGCGGAUCUGUGUUCAAUGUAUGCAUACUUUUGCUAAAACGCAAAAUUUAAAACAUACGACGCGUAUAUCAACCUAAAGUAAUUCCAAUUAUACAUACCACGCAAACAACUAAUAACAACCGCAGCGGAUAAUAUUGUAACUACCCUAAAAUCAAUCCUCAACACAACUAUAACAAAAAUGGCCGAUCAACUAACGGAGGAACAAAUUGCCGAAUUCAAAGAGGCUUUCUCGCUAUUUGAUAAAGACGGCGACGGCACUAUUACAACAAAGGAAUUGGGAACAGUCAUGCGCUCCCUGGGGCAGAAUCCUACAGAGGCUGAGCUGCAGGACAUGAUAAACGAGGUCGAUGCCGACGGCAAUGGAACAAUUGACUUCCCUGAAUUCCUUACAAUGAUGGCACGUAAAAUGAAGGACACCGAUAGCGAAGAGGAAAUCCGGGAAGCCUUCAGAGUUUUCGACAAGGAUGGCAAUGGCUUUAUUUCGGCAGCCGAGUUGCGUCAUGUGAUGACAAAUUUAGGCGAGAAAUUAACAGACGAAGAGGUCGAUGAGAUGAUACGCGAAGCUGAUAUCGAUGGCGAUGGUCAGGUCAAUUACGAAGAAUUCGUGACUAUGAUGACAUCGAAGUGAAGCGUAACUCAUUAUUUCCUUAUAAGUCUAUAUAUUUUUUUAAGACGAAGACUGUAGCUGCGCGCAACGACAUCGCGCCACGCUGUUGCUAUGGGCCCCAGUUAAAUAUCUUAAAAAACCUAAUAUAAAAAGUUCAGAAAAACCAGAAGGAAACAUUUGAAAAUUAAUUAAAUCCCUACACUUACUAGCAAAAAAGAAAGUUUGAGCAGGUAUACAUAAAAUUUCCGAGAUAUUUUCAUGGACAACAAGAACACGAUUUUAAGGCAAAAGCAAUGGAGUUACCGUUAAACCAACAGCUACAAUAGGAAUAGAAAUAUAGAGCAGAGAACUUAUAAGUAAAUAAUUACUACCACAACUACACUUACUACAGGCCAUCAAUAGUUACGCAGGGCAUACUGCGAUUCGUGUGAGUUUUUGAUAACACCUGUGUGCAAAAUGAGUUCGAUACAUGUAAGGAAAUUUUGUUCAUGUCGUUAAAAAUAGUAAACAAAAGAAAAUGUUAAGAAUUUAACGUAAUUGCGGAAAUGGGAAAUUUAUAUUAAAACCACAAUACAAACACGAUAUACUGCACACACAAACCACACACAUGUCAAAAAUAAAAUAUAUUAUAAAUACGACAUAUUA